AUGACUCUACUGCGAGCAGCCGCCCAUUUGUUCUACCUCGUCUUCUGGCACAACAGUAGCGGCCGAACCCCCGCCACAUCUGGUGCAUCGGCCGGAGUAGCAGAUUCGACGGAGGCAGAAGCUAGAAGAAGACCUCCAACGACUCAAGAGCGUAAGUCGAAACUUUUCAUGACGUCUUCCUUGUCAGUUCGCCAAGGGCUCUUGACUCGAUCCAUUCAUCGCCUGUCCUCGGUCAUUCGUAGUCACGAAGAUCUUCUUGCACAAUCAGGCACACGAGAAGAUGAGGAAGUGGAGGAUCGCGCUAGAAGAAUCAGACGAGCAAUUGUAGCAAUCGAAGCUGAAUUAGGCACCCUUGAAAGCUCCUUGGAUAAAUAUGCCAAAGCUGCCGACAGUCUGGACGCAGAAUUACUCAGUUCGUCGGAAAUUUCGCAAAGGAUUGACACCAACAUCGAAGCAGCACAGGAACUGCUUGAUCAAGCGCAAAAAGCGCUCACAACUCUCACAGUACUUCAGCAGGGAACGAAACCUCUUGAAGUACCUUCAGUUUCGGGAUCACCCCAAAUCUCAGAGGUAAAACUUGCACCAGUUCCCGUUCCCAAGUUCAGCGGUGAGAUUUGGGAAUGGGAAACUUUCUGGAAAGCGUUCGAACACACGAUUCAUUCGAAGAACAUCGACAACAUUUACAAACUCAAUUAUCUCAUGGACGCUCUUCAAGGAGCAGCUAAGCAAUCAGUGGAGCAAUUUCAAGUUUCAAGCGAAACAUAUCCUCUUGUCGGAGACACCCAAGCCCUAGUAGAUCGACUCUUGAAUAAACUUCAAUCAGCGAAAGCCAACAGCGAUAGUCUAGAAGACCAAGAAACCCUUUGCGAGCAACUCCUCUCCAUUACAUCACAACUUGAUCUUCACGGGGAGCACAUCGACAAUACGUUUCUACAAAGAGAGCUGCUUGGGAAAUUCUCCAUAGACGUCCAACGACAGAUCCUUCGGCAGAAACCAAAGCUGAAAACAGAAGAAACCUGGAGCACUAUGGCCCUUUUACGAACUGCAAAGGAAUUUGUCGAAGCCGAACUGAGAAUAAUCAGACAGGUGAAAAGUCAUAGCUCCAACAACAAGAGGAAGCGAGAUACGAGUGGGAUGGAGGAAAGAAAGUCUCCACUCAGCAGAAACUUCGCGAAAAAUCAACUAGCACCCUGCUUUUAUUGCGGAAAAACAGGGCAUCUAGCAAAGAACUGCACUGAGAUAUCAUCACUGGACCAACGUCUUGAAAUCAUAAAGGCUCAAAAGCUCUGCCGUAAUUGCGGACAAAAGGAUCACACUGCAGCAAAGUGUACCAAAGGAGCUUGUAGAGCAUGCGGAAUUACUGGUCACCACACUUCAAUCUGCAAGACUCUUUUUCCGCAGAACAAUCUUCAUACGUUUCAAAACCCGAGAAAACAAACAGAAAAAUCUACAGAGCUAAUAAAAUCGACAAACGUAAAUACAGCGGGUUUCGCCAAAGAUACAAAUUCAAAGCAAGAAACGGUACCCGACUGCAGCAGCCACGACAAUGUUAUGCUUCUGACAGGACAAGCGAAAGUACUCAACCCUACCACGGGAGCACUUGAAUCGAUUCAUAUCAUGCUUGAUACAGGAGCAGAUCGCUCAUUCAUCAGUGACGAGCUUGCAGAUCGGCUCCAACUAACGAACGUCGAUACUACGGAAUUGACAAUCAAUACGUUCGGAUCACAGAAACCGAUGAAAAGGACCUGUAGAAACACACUCAUGAAGUUGUGGGACGUGGAUGGAAAUCAACACACAUUCACGGUCACACGUAUUGGAACAAUCACGCCAACUUUGGCACGUUCUAGCCUCAGCAAGGAAGACAAGAAAUUUAUCUAUGAAAACGAGAUACAUCUAUCCAUUGAUCCAUCCAUAAAAAAGGUGCAGCCAACAGUUCUUCUUGGAUGCGCUGAUCUUUUCUCAAUUCUUGGAAAUGGAUUACAAAAGCAAUAUACGCUCCCGUCGGGAUUGAAAGUGAUCCCUUCUAAACUAGGGUACCUUAUAUCGGGGAGAAGUAAACUACAACAAGAUGAUGUUGGAAAACCACUCGUUCAAACAAUUCAUCAAGUAGAUACACAGCCAAUCAGACAAAAACCACAAUUGAGUAAUCUUCUCGAUGUAACUAAAACUGAACAAUCACCAACAACAGCACAUCACAAGGUCUCGCCGAAUCACCACCUCCCAGUAUAA